CGGUCCCUGGGACCUUCGCCCUGAUCCGCACCCAUGCAGGGACUCCAUCCUCAAAGCCAAGGAAGGUAGCGCCAUGUCUCCCUGCGACUGCUUGGAGAAGUCACCUCCUUAUUUGGAGUCCGGAUACAGUUGCCCCAAGGCUGGCUGAGCGGCUGGCUACCUGCCUGGCGUCCUACCUCCAUGUCUCAGCUGAAGAAUGUGGAAGCCCGGAUCCUCCAGUGUCUCCAGAAUAAGUUCCUGGCCCGGUACGUGUCCCUCCCGAACCAGAACAAGAUCUGGACGGUGACCCUGAGCCCCGAGCGGCAGGAGCGCACGCCCCUGGUGCUGGUGCACGGCUUCGGCGGGGGCGUGGGGCUCUGGAUCCUCAACAUGGACUCGCUGAGCGCCCGGCGCACCCUGCACACCUUCGACCUGCUGGGCUUCGGCCGCAGCUCGCGGCCCCCUUUCCCCCGCGACGCGGAGGGGGCCGAGGACGAGUUCGUCUCCUCCAUAGAGUCCUGGCGCGAGGCCAUGGGGAUCCCCCACAUGAUCCUCUUGGGCCACAGCUUGGGGGGCUUCCUGGCCACUUCCUAUUCCAUCAAGUAUCCCGACAGAGUCAAACACCUCAUCCUGGUGGACCCGUGGGGGUUCCCCCUCCGGCCAACAGACCCCAGUGAGAUCCGGGGGCCGCCAACCUGGGUCAAAGCCGUGGUCUCCGUCCUGGGCCGUUCCAACCCGUUAGCGGUCCUGAGGGUAGCAGGGCCCUGGGGCCCGGGACUGGUGCAGCGAUUCCGCCCUGACUUCAAGCGCAAGUUCGCCGACUUCUUUGACGAUGACACGAUAUCAGAGUACAUCUACCACUGCAACGCCCAAAAUCCCAGCGGAGAGACGGCAUUCAAAGCCAUGAUGGAGUCGUUCGGCUGGGCGCGGCGUCCCAUGCUGGAGCGGAUCCACCUGAUCCGGAAGGACGUGCCCAUCACCAUGAUCUACGGGUCUAACACCUGGAUCGACACCAGCACCGGCCAGAAGGUGAAGCUGCAGCGGCCGGACUCCUACGUGCGUGAUGUGGCCAUCGAGGGGGCCUCUCACCACGUCUAUGCCGACCAGCCCCACAUCUUCAACACGGUGGUGGACGAGAUCUGCGAGUCGGUGGACUGAGCGUCCGGCCGGCUCGGAGGAAGGAGAAAGGAGAGCACCUACUCGGCCUUCGCUUCCCUCUCUGCUUCCCACUCUCCCUCUAGUCCUCACUCUCACCAACUAACACGUGGCCCCCAGCCCGGCCCCUGCAGGGCCAGCACGGGGCUGGCCAAGACCACGCGGGCGCUGGGCACGCCCCGAGAGGGUCGGUAUCGGGGCUGCCCGGCCGAACGUGACCCAGGGACCGGGGCGGGGGGGGGGGGGGCUCGAGGCGCCGUCCGGCGCUGGGGAAAGCCCCUCCCUGCCCAGGAUCCAAGGAAUAUGGCCUCAGGAGUCCAGGAUUUCUGCUGGCCGUCUUGCCUUCUCCUCAGGGGGAGGAGAGGAGGCAGCGACCAUUUCCCCCAGCUCCUGAACCACACCGCCCCACAGAGCCACUGGGGACCGGGUCCCCCUCGUAACCCCUCUCGGGAAUGUUGGGGGCAUUCCCCCUCUCAGGAUACUGGGGCUCUAACCAGACCCCUGCUUCCCCUUUCAGGACCACACCCCACUCCUCCUGCCUAUCUCUGGUCAGCACCGAGGCCCAGGUCCCCUCCCUCAGACCAACCGACGUCCCUCCGGUGCCCCCUCGGCCCUGGGCCGCUGCUGGGCCCUUGGGGUGAGCCCAGCUCCCUUCUCCCUGACUCUUAAAAGAGACCACGCGGGUCUCGGCCAGUGCCUUGGGGCCUUGCGCCCCCCUCCCCGAUCGGGAGAGCAAGGACAACCCUUGCCCCCCAACUCCACCCCCAGCGGCGGCGUGUCUGCAGCAGCUCCCUCUUCCACCCCGCCGGCCUGCCCCCCGAUCCCUCUGGAACCGGGUUUGGCCUUCGCAGGCCGUGGGGCUUCCUCCUGCUGCUUAUCUAACCCUCUCACACCUUCUGCCGUGUUUCUCUCCCUGUCUAACCUCCGCCCCAUCCCAGCCGCCCGGGCGCCGGCCCUCCUCCCCCGGCUGCCCGCUGGGCCCACUCCCUUGGGCUCCCGCGUGGGCUCGGCGGGCCUGACCGGAGGCAAGGGGCUGGCUGGGGCCGUGCCCGCCCGUGGACCUAACCUCUGUGACCUCGUGCUCGUGCAAAGCCAAAACCUCUUAUCAGUAUUCCAUCCGAAGGCUUUAUAUGGACCCUUUCACCCAGGCCCUUUUUCUAUGUUAAUAAAGAAACCGAGGAAACGUC